AUGGCUUUGGCACGUUUUCAAUUUUUCGGUCGAGUACACCGAAACGAUUCGAAUGCCGAACUGUUCGAUGAGGAACUUCACCGGACGAAUAAUAUGUUGAGAAAGGACCUGAAUGCUCGCAGUACAAUUCUGGCAUACAUCGGCAACUUCGAACGCAAUAUCAAUGUGAUUUCGACCAAUCUCCAGAGGUUCGAAGCAAGUAAUGGCAAACGUUCUUUCAGGAAAGCCGCCCAAAAACGCCUGAGAAUGCGAUGGGUUCUGGUGUGCGAACGUUUGGACUCGUUACUACUAAUGUUCUUUCUCACCAUUAACUCGCUGUUCUUUGCCGUUCUGUUGCUUAUCGGAUAUCUGUCCAAUUGA